AUGGCUGCGUCCCCGGCGGGGUCGGUGGUGAGCGCCGGGCUGGAUGAGAGCCCCACGGGGCUGAGCCCGGCCCCCGGGAAGGAGCUGAGCCCGGUGCUGCUGUGCAAGGUGUGUGGGGACACCAGCAGUGGGAAGCACUACGGCAUCUACGCCUGCAACGGCUGCAGCGGCUUCUUCAAGCGCAGCGUCCGCAGGAAGCUCAUCUACAGGUGCCAGGCAGGGACGGGGCUGUGCCCAGUGGACAAGGCUCACCGCAACCAGUGCCAGGCCUGCCGGCUCAAGAAGUGCCUGCAGGCUGGCAUGAACAAGGAUGCUGUGCAGAACGAGCGCCAGCCCCGCAGCACAGCCCAGGUCCAGCUGGACAGCAUCCAGCUGGAUGCUGAGCUGCCCCCUGAGCACGUGGCCACCACAUGUGAGGUUCCCCCCUCAACCUGUGCGGCUCCUCGUGGUCCUGGUGCCACUGUCACCCCGGGUCCCCGAGCGCCCACACCGCCCACCAACCAUCGCUUCAUGGCCAGCCUGAUGACGGCCGAGACCUGCGCCAAGCUGGAGCCCGAGGACGCUGAUGAGACGGUGGAUGUGACGGGCAGCGAGCCGGAGCGGGCGGCUGGCGAGUACCAGGUGGCGCCGUACCCGGCAGCCAGCCCCGAAAACAUCUACGAGACCUCAGCACGGCUCCUCUUCAUGGCCGUGAAAUGGGCCAAGAACCUGCCCGUCUUCUCCAACCUGCCCUUCCGUGACCAGGUGAUCCUGCUGGAGGAAGCAUGGAGUGAGCUGUUCCUGCUGUGUGCCAUCCAGUGGUCCAUGCCCCUGGAGAGCUGCCCGCUCCUGGCUGUCCCCGAGCCGGGCCCUGGGAAGCUGCUGCCGGCCACCCUGGACGUGCGGGCGCUGCAGGAGACCCUCGGCCGCUUCAAGGCCUUGGCUGUUGACCCCACGGAAUUCGCCUGCAUGAAGGCCGUGGUGCUCUUCAAACCAGAGACCCGUGGCCUGAAGGACCCUGAGCAGGUGGAGAACCUGCAGGACCAGUCACAGGUGAUGCUGGGCCAGCACAACCGUUCCCACUACCCCGGGCAGCCCGUCAGGUUUGGGAAGCUGCUGCUGCUCCUGCCGGCGCUGCGCUUCAUCUCCUCGGAGCGCGUGGAGCUGCUCUUCUUCCGCCGCACCAUCGGCAACACCCCCAUGGAGAAGCUGCUGUGUGACAUGUUCAAGAACUGACCCCCCUUCCCGCUGUCACCUGGCUUGUUUGUCACCCUGCGCUGGCACCCUGUCACCCCCAGCCUGGGGCUCCUCAGCCUGGGCUCUGAAGGUGCCCACGGCCCCAUCUCUGGGGCAAUGUCCAGGACUGUGGAAUGCUGCCACAGCUGGGAGGUGGGAGCAG